GGUUAUUUUAAUAAUAAAGAAGCUACAGAUGCAAUUAUCGACAAAGACAGAUUUAUUAACACAGGAGAUAUUGUAUUUGUUGAUGAACAAGGAAACUACUUUAUUCUUGAUCGAAAAAAAGAGUUAAUCAAAUACAAAAAUUUUUAUAUAAUACCUUCUGAACUGGAAUCAAUUCUACUCACACAUGAUGCUGUAUCAGAUGCAGCAGUAAUAGGAUAUUAUUCUGAAGAAGAAGCAACCGAAAUUCCUAUAGCAUAUGUUACAAUUAGAAAUGGCUAUGAGAAAUCUCAAGCUUUAGCAGAAGAAAUUCAAUCAUUUGUAGGUGAAAAGGUUGCGCCAUAUAAAAAAUUAAGUGGUAUAUUGUUUAAUGAUAUAAUUCCAAAAUCUGAAGCUAGUAAAAUUCUAAGAAGAUUAUUAAGAGAGAAAUUAAAGAAUGAUAUUAAAGAAUGA